GUUAUACGAUAAGGUGCUGCUUUGAAUUCCUCUUGCUGACUUUGUUUCUGUGAAACUGGAAGAGUGGAAAGCACAGUGAAAUACCUUCAUCGCUGAAGAGAAACAUGAGCUGAUUAUUCCUUCUAACCAUAGAGGUAUGGAGUUGGAUAGUUUUGUAUAUUUUGAUGGACUGUCAGCUGCUGGGGACCUGACAAUGCCAUUCCCAGACACGGUGAAGUACUGCAUCCUGGGAAUUUCAGUCACUCUUUUACUGCUGGCGCUGGGUAUCUUGGCAUGGCAGGUCUUCAGGUGCUGCUCACAGAAAUACACCACAUACAUGCGGCAAGAUACCGUGAACAAUGAUCAGCUGUACUCGGAUAAAAAGUCGGGGACAGCAAGAAUCUACUCAGGAGCUCCAAGCACCAGGGUGGAGAAUGUCAACACAGAGGUCCGCAGGCUGAGUCGCUGUCUGUCUCAGGCCUCAUUACCUUCCUCAGGAUCCGUACAGGCAGACGGAGAGAUGGAAGAGCAGGCCAACAAUACAAAGGUCGAAGGAACGCUGCGCUUUUCCAUCUAUUAUGACCAACUGCAGUCCCAGCUGGUGGUCACCGUCUUGCAGGUGGAGGGGCUUCUGGAGCAAAGCCCAACGCGAAUUCUCCAGCCAUUUGUUAAACUAAGACUCAUGUGGUCAAACUCAGAAGAAGUGGAAGUUGAAGAAUGUAUAGACGAAGAGGGUGAAGGGACUGCACCCGUCUUGUGGAAAGUGCUGCAGGAAUGCCGGACUCGCAUUGUGAAAGGCAGCUGUAACCCUUUAUUUGGAGACCAGUUCAGCUGUCCUCUGCUAGAAGAAAAGCAGCUUCAUCACAUCAACCUCAGGAUGGAGGUGAGGGACUUUGAUAAAUUCUCCAGACACUCAGUGUUAGGGGAGGUGAGGGUUCCUUUAGGGCAGCUCAACAUCUCCUACCCUCUGGAGCUACAAGAAGAUCUAAUGAUACCACAGAAGGAUCUUGUAGGAAAGGUUCUUCUGUCGUUAAGGAUUCUACCCACUUCUCGAAGGCUGGAGGUUGGAUUGCUAAAGGUCAGAACAGCCCACUCUGAGAUAUCCUCUGAUGCAGCCCUGUAUGCUAGGAUCAGUGUGCAGUGCAACCAGAGCAAGUUGCGGUACCAGAAAACCUCUGCAGUGGCUCGCUGCCUGGUGACUGUCUUCAAUGAGGUCGCCAUGUUCUCCCUACCAGAGUUUCCUCUGGAGCAGUGUAAAAUAUUGGUGUCUGUGUAUGAAAUGCGCACGGCCAAGAGAUCCCCAAAACAUCUGAUUGGACAGUUGACGGUCGGGAAGGAGAAGAGUUCAGAAGACAAACACUGGAGCGUAAUGAUGUGCUCAGUACGGCAGCCAAUAGCAAAGUGGCACGGCCUUCUGAUCUGACAUACCGAUAGAUUCUCUCCUGUUCUUCCUGGAUGGCUGUCCAGACAUACUACCUGUAUUUAACUGCCAAACGGGGUGCUUGUGUAUUCACUUUAUAAAGACUUCCGAUUUGUUAGUUCUUUCGGUUUAGCACUUACAGCUUCGUCAACAACAAAUUACAUUUGGGGGACAUUUACAUAUGAUUGGAUGCUUUGACAGUACCACCUCCAUCCUCUGCUAGUGGCUGGCAGGAUUAUGUAUAUGAAAAGGGUCUGAAAUCUCAACUUUUUUAAUAACUCCGUAGUGUCUCUUGGUAUGGAUAGCUCGGCUAUGAGUAACUACAAAAAGUACCAGAACACAUAGGAUGAAUUCUGAAGGUCUACAUGCAAUUUUAUAGAUAGAUAGAUAGAUAGAUAGAUGUAACACCCUUUUCACCCCGGUUACACGUUUCAUUUGCCCUGUACGAUGGACGCUGUAAGUGAUGAAAAUGAGGGAUGUUGGCUUAUCUG